CUGAUGCUCUCGCCAGUCUCUUAUCGUGCGCUAUGAAACUUCCGUGUCGGCCUUACGUCAUUUUCCUGCACUUCAUGAAGACAGCCAUGUCAUAUUGCUAAGUGUUUAGAAUUGAGAAGUUUCACUAUGCAACAAGGCCCGCGCCGUGCAAAGUUCUGAGUCAACAAGACGACACCACCAUCAGUACAGCACUGGAUCUCAGGCGAUGGCUUGAUAUGAUGUAUUACUGAAAAUCCUCAAUGUCCCAUUGGACUUCGCCGAUACCUCGAAGCGAAAAGCUUUACGGCUGCCUACCACCUCGUACCUCGCAUCAUAAAGUGAGUGCCGGACGUCACAGUUUGAUGGAUUUUCCCCAGUGUACGUAUCGUUGACGGAAGACCAGGGGAGCAGUCUUAUCUCUCAGAAGCGCAGUCUGUCUCCGCUCCUUGUUACAGCAUCGCAUGCAUUGAUCUUCCUCGUCACUACUGCAAGCCGGUGGCACUUCGCUAUGCCGCCUAUUUCUGGACGUUCAAGAGGCCCCGAAACGAUGACGACACCUCCCCAGGACAGCUGCUGGGGUAUACCAGUGGUGGCUAUGUUUGCGACAUUCCUCCUUUGUAUGACACAGUCCAGCACGGGCUACUUGUACGUGCUCUUCAUGGAAACAUUUCAGGUCAAUCGCGAGAUGGCUUCCUGGCCAGAGAGCAUCAUCUUGCUCACACAGCACCUCGGUGGAUUUGUGGUCACUGUGCUCCACAGCAGACUCCCCAUCUUCUACGUGACACUCACGUCGGCUUCCCUCUGCUGCGCUGGCCUCCUGGGCGCCGCAUUCGCACCAGACAUGAAAUGGAUGAGCGUCACGCUCGGCGCAAUCUACGGUACAGGCACGGGAGCAUCUAUUAUUUCUUUCACCGUGUACACGAUGUUGUACUUCGACAAGUACAGAGCCACAGCCACCGCCGCCAAGUACAUCGGCAUGGCCGCAUCGGGAAUAGUUGGGCCCCUGGUGUUUUCGGCCGCCGCAUCAUAUUACGGCUUGGGAGGAAGCUUGCUUCUCGGCGCAGCAAUAGCUAUGAAUGCCUUGCCACUCGAGAUCUUUCUUCGCCUGCCACGUCCUCUCAUAUUUAGGUUUCAAGGGUGCAUUAUGCGGAACCUAUUGGUCACAGACAACGAAACCAGAAAUGUUAUGAAAGAAAGCAGGAAGGAUGUAGGUGGAACUCAGAAAGAUUCAAACAGUGCAAGGCCAGCUUAUACAACACAACAGUGCGGAGCGAAUUUAAUUGUACCGGCCCGAAAUAUAGAUCUUACUGAGGCGUUCUGUGACCGCAAAAUCUGUAGCGAUGGGAAGCCUUUCCAAGUGCUACCGCUACAACUCGCCAAAAUCUCUGCCGGCAAUAGCCAAUCUCAUAAAUGCGGAUCAAAAUGUCAUUACCACGACGCGCGCGUUUCUUACGGAACGCAGACAACUGCCAUCUCGAAGUCAGUGCCUUCUGAUUCAAGUAAGAGCAUCUUGGAACAACUGGCUCUGUUCCGUCAGCUUGGCUUCUAUGUACUGCUCGUCGUUUAUGUCCUCUGCGAUUGGGCAGUCUCGAUGUACGCAACCACGAUUGUGGACUACGGCCGUGACAAGGGAUCUCCCCUCGAGAAGGCGAAGUUAGCGCUCAGCUACAAUGCAGCGGGUCAGUUCGCCGGAAGAACGCUUUUGCCGUUCGCCUCGGACAACGUGGCUCACAGCCGGUGUCCGCUGACCGUUUUGUGCUUCGUCGGCGCUGGUACCUGGUUGGUGCUUAUGCCGGUGGUGCACUCCUUGCCUGCCUUCGUGACGUUAAACGUGGUGCUGGGAGUGUGCCAGGGUUUUGUGACCUGUAUCCGAAGCGUCUUGGUCAACGACUACUGUGGAGUCGAGCGGCUGCCUACGUUCUUCGGCAUUCUCGGACUGGUGCUGGUGCCGCUGUCGUUCAGCGGUCCAACAAUCAUAGGUUUCUUCCGCGACACCCUGGGAUCGUACGACAACUUCUACCGGAUGCUGGGAGCAGUGAAUAUUUUCAUUGCGGUUCUGAUGUUCGUUCUCGUGUGGCGUGACAAGAUGCGGAGAAAAUCGCUGCGACCUACCUACAGCAGCAACGGGACACGGAAACCAAUUAGGUUGUAA